AUGCUCGACCAUCACCAGAAACCCCUUUGUCCGCGCUUCUCCAAAUACGAUCGCCAAAAGCUCCUCUUGCUUGAACCUACGGAGUGUAUGCCGGUUGAGACGGAGCACCCUGAUUUUUCGGCUGAUAUCUGCUUCUCGCCUUUUGUUUGCAAUGAGGGUCUUGUCCGUGUCCGGCGACGCGACCGACAACAAUGCAAAGAAGCAAAUCUAAAGUACCCAAUCUCAGGAAACUCAACCCACGACGCCUUCCACCGGCAGUUCUCCGGCCCAGAUUCCUUCCACGUCGUUUUUAGUGGAUCCGAGAAACUCUCUCCACCCGAUUGGUACCAUGCCGGACAAUGUCUCUACGUCUUCCCCUUCCAUAUCUCCAACCCGGGAAGGCUGUCGUUGGAUAUCACACAUUUGUAUGAUAACUUUGGGGCAGUGGUGGAGCAGGCCAAGGAGUGGCCUGUAUUAUGGCGGAAGAAGGUUGUUUCGGGGUUGCCGUUGGAGGUCUGUAGGGGAUGUCCGUCUCAUGUUGCGCGGCCUCGUUUCUCUUCCUUGUCUGAGGUUGAUGAGAUGGUUGUCCUGAAAACUGAUUAUGCAGAGACAGCAGCGGGAUCGGAAAAGGCAGGUGGUGGUCAGGCUGGAACAUUGUCGAAUAUCGACAGGUCAUCCUUAUUGGCAUUGGGGAUGAGCAGCGGAUCCAGUCUGCGAACCCGGUACCAGGCCUAUACCAACAGCCGCACCGGCCCCCAAAAAUACUCCAACCUCUUUAUGGACGAAAACUAUGACCGCCUACCCCUCUGCUCCCGAGAGCAUGCCGUUCAAGCAUCGCCAUCACCAGAUAGGCUGGAAGAAAAACACGCCUUAACAACAUUCUCGUACCUCCACGACCCGCUCUUCUCCCACACAAACGAAAAAACCGACAUGCUCGUCGCCAACAUGGGCCACUGGGCUACAGGAACAAAGUUCUUUGAUCAACUCAUGUCCACCUCGAAAUACCACGACAAACUCCGGGAUCUUGUUGAGACUAUUCAGCAACACGCUAGGGAUUUACAAGAUCUGCAGGAUGAGGAUGAUGGGUCGUUGGGACAUUUUUUGGAUGAUGAGGUGGGCGGGUAUGGUGGGGAGGCUGAUGAUGAGGAUGGGCAUGAUUAUGGGUUUGUGGAUGAGGGAGAUGAGGAUGAAGAAGAGUUAGAGAAGGAGAGGGAAGAAUUGAGGCAGGAGGAGUUAGCUAAGGAGAGUAGUGAGGAGCUAACUGGUGAGGAGGUCUACUGGGAGGAUGAGACUGAGGAAGAGGUUGAUAAUCGACGCGAGAGCCAGGAGGAUACAAAGCAACAGCAUCGUCGUCCCGCCGUCCAAGAGUUGGAGGAUCAACAGGAGGCUAUGGAUGAUAUUGAGGACAAGUACCGUGUUGACGAUCGACAGCGCGCAGAGUCUGAAGGGUACAUCUCACGCAACCAGAACAACAAAAACCAUGAUCCCAUGGACCGCACCCGCGCUCGCUACCCAUCCAACCAUAUCCUCCGCCAGAGCAAACACGUCAAGACCCCCGCCAAGCCCAAGAUUGAUGUUGACGAGUCAGAGGUCGAAGAAGAGGAGGAAAUUGAGGAGGAGCAGGAGCGACCUGUUGUUGCCCAGAACCGGUACCGCUAUGGCACUCAGAAGAAGGUCAUGUUGGGCGACAAUAGCAGGUUGAUAAAGGCUGGAGAGGAUGAUGAUGCGGAGAAUGUCAAAAUUCCCUCCAUCAAGAAGACUAUCAGCAGCAACAACAAGAAGACUACGACCACCGCCAAGUCUCGUCCUGCCUCGGACAAUACUCCUGCUGGCAAGAAGACGACUAUUGCCACCAAGAGGCCCGCUUCCCCUGCUUUCCGUGGCUCCAACGCCUAUGGCGCCCGCAAGAACGUUCCUGUUACUACCACUUCAAAGCCCUCAUCUUAUGCUGCUUCUAGUAAAAGGAAAAAGACUACCGCAGACACCAAGAAGGUAUCUUCUUCGUCAUCAUCAUCGUCGAACAAGCCGAAGAAACGGUACCGCCGGGCCUUCCUGGACGACGACUACCCCUCCCUCACCUCCCCCUUGUCCAAGACCUCCUCCACUCCUUCUUCCUCUUCUUCGUCCUCAUCUUCUUCCUCAAAGAUGUCAGACUCAGACUCACUCAUGAAAACGGCAUGGGUAGGUAUGGUAGCCUACCCAGAGACGCAGCAGCCUGCAGAUUCAUUUGUGAGCCACGACUGGCGCACGAUCUACCGUCUGCGGUACUGGAACCUGAUUGCCGAGGAUGUGAUGACCUUGCAUAAUGUCCGCUUCAUGGACUUUUUCAGCAUGACGCUGUCGAUGUUGGAUACCAGCCCCGACAGAGCGCACUAUUAUGGGACCGAUGCUGCUGAGGCGAUGUUGGAGGAGUUGGCAUUCAAGUUGGACCUAUGCGAGGAUAAGGAGUAA